AUGUCUUCCUCGCGGGGUGACCCGCGCGUGCAACAAGCGCAGAAGCUGCCACAUGCCAAACCUCUCGUAGGCUUCGAUUCGACCUCUUCCCCCUCCCAAUCCAGCAAGGGCAAUGGACAAUCCACUGGGGAAUCAUCGUCCUCGUCCAAAGGGCCCCCGGACAAUCCACCUCCGUCCGCUGCAACUGGUAAUGGCCUGCCCUCGGUCAGCAUGGCUCGUGGCGGCGGCGCCAUCCGCGGGAUUGGAGAGCGCUUCAGCGUCAGUCCGGCGACGGGCACCGCCGCGGCGAGCAUCCCACUGCCCAUCACCUCAGGUCGGUCCGGUCUCACGCCCGAGCUGAGUCUGAGCUACGACUCGGCCGCCGGCAACGGCCCGUUUGGCUUCGGCUGGCAGCUUGGAGGUCUUCCCAGCGUCGGGCGCAAGACGGACAUGGGGCUGCCGCGGUACGACGACGAGGGCGAGUCCGAUGUGUUUGUCAUCACGGGCUCGGAGGACCUGGUGCCGAUGCUCGAGAUGCGACCUGGUGGAGUGUGGUACCGUCCAGCACCGAAGCGACGUUGCCUAGGUGGUGUCGAGUACGCGGUGAGUGCGUACCGACCGCGCAUCGAGGGCUCCUUUGCCAGGAUCGAGCGGUGGAUCGAGAUCGGCUCCAAGGACACGCACUGGCGCAGCAUCUCGCGCAGUAACCAGACGACUGUGUUCGGGGAGGACGCGUGCUCGCGUGUGGCUGAUCCAGACGACCCGUCCAAGGUCUUCCGGUGGCUGGCCUCGCGGACAUACGACGACCGAGGCAACGCCUCCGUGUUCGGAUACAAGGCGGACAACUCGGAGGGUGUGGACGUGGAUGCGCCCCACGAGGCCUACAGGCGGCCAAGGCAGAGGGAGGCUACCAAGUAUCUGAAGCGCAUCAAGUACGGCAACCGUGUGUCGCGCCUCGUCGAGGAGAUUCACCCUGGCUCUGAAUGGCUAUUUGAGCUCGUCUUCGACUUUGGCGACCAUGACGACAAGACACCGCUGCCGCGAGAGUCCUGCCCGUGGAGCACGCGGACGGAUCCAUUCUCGAGCAACCGCGCCGGGUUCGAACUCCGAACCUAUCGUCUUUGCCACAGGAUCCUCAUGUUCCACCAUUUCCCGGGGGAGGUCGAGAUGGGCGAGGACACCCUGGUGACCUCCCUCGACAUUACCUACUUUCACAAUGGGUGGCAGAGGAGCACCGGUUUGUCCUCGGCCACCUGCGCCUCUUCCUUUCGGAAGACUGCCUACCGGCGUGCCGGAGACGGCUACGUGCAGCAGUCCAUGCCUCCCAUCGAACUCGACUACUCCGAGGCCGUCAUCUCCGGACGCACCAGCUACCUUGGCACCUCUGCCCUCGAGGGGAUCCCGCUCGGGAUCCAAGGCGACUACCAGUUCCUCGACAUGGACGGCGAGGGUGUUCCGGGCAUCCUCGCCCAUGAGUCUGGCUCCUACUAUUACAAGUCCAACCUCGGCGAUGGAAACUUUGCGCCUCCAGUCGCCCUCCCGUACGUGCCUACCCUGUACGCGAACCGCAGCAAGUCGGCCGCUCCACCGCAAUGGCUGGACCUGCGCGGGGACGGCAAGAUGGACAUGGUCCGCUUUGAUGGAACUACGCCGGGCUUUUAUAAGCGCGUUGCAGGUGAUCGUGGGGGCGUAGGAGGAGGAGGAGGAGGGAGAGGGGACACAAUAGGUGAAGUGGACGACUGGCAGCCGUUCAGACCAUUUCGAUUGCUGCCAAACUUGGAGUGGCGGGAUCCAAACACCAAGUUCAUCGACCUCACCGGUGACGGACAUGCCGACAUUCUCUUCACCGCAGAUGAGCAGGUCUUCUCCAUCUACCCGUCCCUGAAGGAAGACGGUUUCGGCUCUGCCACCCACUGGCGGCCACCGCUGGACGAGAACAAGGGACCGCGUCUGGUGCUCGAGGACGGCCUCACCGUCAUCUACACGGCCGACAUGUCCGGUGACGGCCUCAGCGAUCUAGUCCGCGUUGGCUACCACGAGGUGUGCUACUGGCCCAACCUGGGCUAUGGCCGGUUCGGCCACAAGGUGGUCAUGACCAACGCGCCCCUGUUGGACUCCCAGGACCAGUUUCGUCAGAGCAGGCUGCAUCUGGCCGACAUUGACGGGUCUGGAACGACGGAUCUGGUCUACCUCAAGGGCCACGAGACCAUGGUCUACCUCAACCAGGCCGGAAAUGGCUGGACCAGCGGCCACGCCAUCACGGCGCUGCCCGCCACCGACGACACCACCAACAUUCAGGUCGUGGACCUGCUGGCCCGAGGCACUGGCUGCCUCGUGUGGUCGUCGAGCGCAGGCUCCGACCAGGGCACACAGGUGCGCUACGUCGACCUCAUGGCACGUGGGAAGCCGUACCUGAUGACGCGGACGAGGAACAACCUCGGGUCAGAGACGCGCUACUGGUACACGAGUUCAUCCACGUUCUACCUACGCGACAAGGCAGCGGGCAACCCUUGGGUGACCAAGCUUCCGUUCCCUGUCCACGUGGUGGAGCGGCUAGAGAGUCUGGAUCGGGUCAGUAAGAACAAGUUCACCACCCGGUACGCCUACCACUCUGGCUACUACGAUGGUGUCGAGAAAGAGUUCCGUGGAUUUGGCAUGGUGGAAACAUGGGACACGGAGGAUAUUGCAACGCUGCAGCCGGGUCGCGCUCGGCAAUCGGAAGUCGAGGCAUGGCGUGGCUACCGAGACGCCAGCAACUGGGACAGCACCUCGACGGUUCCCCCCGUCCUGACCAAGACGUGGUUCCAUACGGGUGUCUGCUUCCCCGACCAAGAAUGCAGCCUCGAGUCUGCCUUUGGGCGGCAAUACCACACUAUUGACCUUGGACGCCGCAUCCCUUACUCUUCCGCCACACCCAACUCCAUCCGCGUUGGCGACUCCAGCUACACGCCAUACACCCUCCCACCCCACGAGCGCUGCGAGGCCUUUCGCGCGCUCAAAGGCUCCGUGCUGCGCUCGGAGAUCUACUCCCGGGACGGGACGCCUCAAGCCGCUCUGCCAUACACCAUCAAUCAGGCCAACUUCUUAGUAGAGAUGCUGCAGCCAGGCCAAAGCGCCGGUAAUCCAUACGCCGUGUUCCACAUGCGUGGGCUGGAGAGCGUGCAAGCCGGAUACGACAGGCGGCUGUACCCCGUCGUCGUGGGCAAGGGGCAGAUUGAAGAAGAGGCAGACCCACGAACGGCGCAUAGUCUGACUCUCCGGACGGAUGCGUGGGGUAACAUUCUGCAGACGGUCGCUCUGAGCUACGGUCGACAGUUUGCAGACGCGAGCCCCCUGCUGUCGGAGCAAGAUCACGAGUCCCAGAGGCGUGACUACGCCAUUCUCACAGAGAACACCAUGACCAACGCCAUCCAGGACGACGACAACUGGCUGUCGCCCCUCUCUGCCGAGACGCGGACCUACCAACUGUUCAAUCUUCUUCCUACCCCCAGGGACCAUGAUGAAUGCCAGCUGUCUUCCUCCUUCUCUUCCUCUUCCGCGGCGGGACGAGAGCGACGGCCUCUCCUCGAGAUUGACCAGCUACGCGCCGCCCUUGCGGCCCUCGACUCGGGGGCCCUUGACCUGCCCUUUGAAAGCUAUGAUGGUCCUUCUGAGGAACACAAUGUCCCACGCCUUCCUCGCCGUCGCCUGCUCCAGCAUACGCAGUCUGUCUACCGUGCGGACGAUCUGAGCUCCCCACUGCCCGUCGGGGUGAUCGAGUCCCUUGCCCUUCCGUUCCAAAAUCGCCAGCUGGCCAUGUCGCAGCGGCAGGUCGACGCCGUCUUCGUCGCGGACGGCAAGCUGACGGCUUCAGAGACGGACCACGUCUUGCGCCAGGACGGGGGUUACAUUCGUGGCGAGGACGGCAACUGGUGGACGCGGACAGCCAACAUGUUCCUCUCGCCGGACCGAACGCACACGCCCACCGAGGAGCUCGCCUUUGCACGGUCCCAUUUCUUCCUGUCUCACCGCGCCGAGGAUGCCUUCAGCACACCCGAGCGGCCGAUUGACUCGAUCGUUCUGUUUGACAAGUACAAUCUCCUCGUGCAAGAAGCCAUUGACCCCCUGGGCAACCGCACCGUAGUGGGCGAAGUCGACGAGACGUACGUGCAGACGACGGGCCCAGCCCAGACAUCGCGCCUGCGCCGGCCCGGACAGAACUACCGCGUCUUGCAGCCGACUCUCGUCACAGACCCCAACGGCAACAGGAACGAGGCGGUCUUGGACGUCAUGGGCAUAGCUUCUUCGCCCCUCGACAUGCUUGACGACCUGCUGGGCAAGGCGAGCUCGAGGAUUCUGUACGACUACCACGCAUUUUACAAGACGAGAGACGACCCCGACCCACAGCCUGCCUGGAGUGCGUCGCUCAGCAGGGAGAAGCACGUGUCGCAGCUAGCCGAGGGAGAGAAGAGUCGUAUCACGUUGGGCAUCUCCUACUCGGACGGGUUCGACAGGGUGGUGCAGCAAAAGGGGCUGGCCGAGCUGGGCUCUUCGCCUGGUGUCAAGGUGACACCCCGCUGGGUCGGCUCCGGCUGGACCGUCUACAACAACAAAGGGUCUCCCGUGAGACAAUAUGAGCCCUUUUUCGCGCCGACGCACCGCUAUCAAGCCUCGGAAGCGGUGGGCGUGUCGCCCAUCCUGCUCUACGACCCCGUCGGCCGCGUCGUUGCCACCCUCUCGCCCGACCACAGCUGGACCAAGGUGCGCCAGGACCCGUGGCGUGCCGAGUCGUGGGACGCCAACGACACAGUGCUUUUGUCGGAUCCGGCAGAUGACCCCGACGUGGGCCCCUACUUUCAGCGUCUGCCGAGGGGCGACUACCUACCGACGUGGCACGCACCCAGAAGCAGCGGCCACAUGGGCAGGGAGGCCAAGAAGGCCGCGGAGCGCGCCGCCGCACAUGCCUCGACCCCCCGGACCGUCCUGAUGGACGCCAUGGGGAGGACAUUUGCCGCGUUCGAGACGGUCAGGACGGCGUGGACGGAUUCUCCCGGGGCUGGCGAGGGCCCGACGACAGCACAGGUAUGGCGCAAUCACGCCGUGUUGGAUAUACAGGGCAACCAACAGCGAGUCAUUGAUAGUCUGGGGCGGCUCGUAAGCUGGGCGGCCUACAGCUACGGAGGCGGAGUGCUCAAACAGGUUGGCUUGGAGAACGGGACGCGCUGGGCGCUGUUGGACGUUCUGGGCAAGAUAAUCCUGUCGUGGGACGGCCGGGGUCAUCGACUGAGGAUGGUGUAUGACGAACUGAGGCGUCCCACGGACGUUUUUCUUCGGCAAGGCGUCCCAGGAGAGACCGGCGAGGAGGAAGAGGGGGAAGAAGAAGUCCUGGUGGAGCAGAUGGUCUAUGGUGAGUCCAGGGCUCAGGCCCGGGAGGGCAACGCCCGGGUGCGAAUUGUUGAGGUGCGGGACCAGGCGGGCGUGACGCAUACAGAAACCUACGACUUUAAGGGAAAUAUUCUAGAGACGGAGCACACGCUGGCCAGAGAGUACCGAGGAGCCAUUGACUGGUCGCGAGACGACGGCGUGGCUCUGGAGGAGGAGACGCACAGGCAGAGUCUCGAGUACGACGCCCUCAGCCGGGUCACCGCCACGACGUUGGCGGACGGCACCGUGACCAAGAGCAGAUACAACAUCCGCGGUCUGCAGGAGAGCGUAUCGACUUGGUUCCGCCGAGAUGAGGCGGAGACCAAGGUGCUGCUCCACACCGAGUACAAUGCCAAGGGCCAGCGGACGCGAUCUGUCUUCGGCAACGGCACCACCACGACGAAUAGCUACGAUCCUCUCACUUUUCGUCUCGCGGGCAUCACCACGAGGCUCAAGAGACGUCGACAUCUCUCCUCGGGUGGGCGAGAGGCUGGUCAUCACCGUCAUCGGCUGCCAAGCAGCUGGAACAGACGCCGGCACCCUCACCGCCGCCGCCACGGCCAUCCCAGCCUGGACAUCCAGGGGGAGAGCUACGAGCGUAGAUGUGUGCAGGACUUGCGGCAUGUAUACGAUGCCGCCGGCAAUCUGAGCAGCAUUGUCGACGGGCCACAGCAGACCGUCUGGCACCGCAACACGCGCAUCGACGCCUCUCAGGAUUUCAUCUACGACUCCACAUACCGGCUGGUCGAGGCCUGGGGGCGCGAGCAUCUUGGCGCUGGCAGAAGAGCUGCUGUGCCCUCACCGGACAAGCCUAAGGGUAGCUCUGGCGGCCAGCCUGGGCGGCAGGAUGCGCAUCCGGGAAAUGGGCGGGCCAUGGGCCGCUACGUAGAGAGAUACCAGUACGAUCUCGCCAGCAACAUGCUGCGCAUGGAGCAUCGCGCCGUGACCGCCGCUGGCGCGGCCGAGGGACGUAUCUGGACCAGACACUACGGCUACGAGGAGCCCAGUGCCCUCGAGACGGGCGUCACGUCCAACCGGCUGAGCUGGACGAGGAUCGGCAGACGGGCCGAACGCUACAAGUACGAGGGUUCCCAAGGCGCCAGCGGCGCCAUGACGUCCAUUCCCAAGGUGCCGAGGAUGCAGUGGAACUUUCGCGAUCAGCUCGUCGUCUCUUCCUCGAGUGAGAACAUCAGAAGCAGAAGGAAGAGCAGCCGGGAGCCAAGCGAUGGGGACACGACGACCAUGACCCACUACCGGUAUGAUUAUACGGGGAAGCGCGUGCGCAAGGUGUCCGAGCGAGUCUCUUCUUGUCCUAGAGCACAGGGGGGUGAUGUGGACAGACGUGCUCGGCUCAAGGAGACUAUAUAUGUGGGUGGUGCCUUUGAGGUGUUUCGUAAGUACCGCCCUAGAGACUGUAGUGAGCAAGGUGAGGCGGCGCCUUCGCCUUCAACUUCCAUUCAUGGACUGGCCGAAGACGAUGUCAAGUUGGAGUUGCAGACAUGUCAUAUUCUCGGUGCUGCUGGCGGGAGCGGCAACGGGGCCCUCCCAAUCCUACGGGCUGAGUUCAUCACUGUCGAUUCUCUUCUUCAUGGCCGUCGUCGCCCUCCAGCUCGUCCUCCCCGCCUACUUCGCUACCAGUACGCCAACCUGCAAGGUUCCUCGACGCUCGAGCUGGACGAGGAUGGCGGAACCCUGACGCGGGAAGAGUACACACCUUUCGGUGCCACGUCGUACUCGGCGUCUGGGCGGUCGGUGGCCUCGCCCUCGCUGCCUCCCAGGCGAUUCCGGUACGCCGGGGCGGAGCGCGACGACGCGACAGGGCUAUACUGCAUGGGGGCUCGAUACUAUGCACCAGGCUUGGGGCGGUGGACAAGCGCGGAUCCGUCGGGCCUGGCGGACGGGCUCAACAGCUACGUGUAUGCGCAGUGCAACCCGGUGGCCUUCUCUGACCCGUCGGGCCACUCGGCGACGACCAGCUCGUCGGCAACCCUGCAUGCAUCCGGGAAGCGGCACGACAAGGUCCUGCGGCAGGUCACCACACUGCUUGCCCGAGCCGGCAUCCAGGGCGACCUGGAGGUCACAGUCAAGGCAGGCCUGGGGGGUUCCCGGCUGGACUGGUUGCGCAAGGGAGUGGUGUGGUGGAAGCGCACCAGCAUCGAGUUCAAAACCACCGACAUGUGGCAUUUUUUCGACAAGGCGGCGGACGGCAAACGCACCAUCCUCAACCAGGGGAAGGUGGCCUCGGCCGCCGGUGACUACCUGCGACAGGUGAACCGCCACUCGAGCCACCUCGGCCAGUUUCUCAACGAUAUCAAGAAGUUAUCCGGCGUGCCCGCCAAGCGUGAGGCCUUGCUCAUUGUCGCCCGCGGCUUCACCAGCGGCUCGCCCCAGUUCGCUACAUUCGCAAGCGAGAUGACGAGGCAGCUGAGCGCCGCCGCCAACGGGCCGGUGGCCUCUGCUAUCCUCCAUCAGACCGAGGUCAACAAAGCGGUCCUCGGGAACGCUGAUGAGGUGGCAAAAGUGACCCAGACGGCCGUCGAUCUGGUCAAGCAGAGCGAGGCGGCGGUACGACUCGCGAGGCUUCAAGUGGCCACUGUCGCCGGCAAGGGCCUCGCGGCCGGCGCCACGGCCCUCAUGGUCGGUGCCAAGGGCCUUGGGGUGGUCGGUACGGUCGCCAGUACCGGCAUGGCGCUCGCUACUCUCGCCGACAGCAGUGCCGCCGUGGCCCAGAAAGCCGACGCGGGCGUCGACCUGGCGGCCAACGCCAUGAUGCUCUCCGGAAGCCCGCCGCUGCAGGCCGCCGGUAUGGGCCUCUCUGUCGGGGGCGCCGUCGGGGCAUGGGUCAAUGACAAGGUCGAGGCCGCCGUGACCAGCGGGGGGGGCUCUCAGGAGACGGCGGCGGUCGUCGGGGCCGGCACGGGUGUGCUGGCCGGGGCCGCAACAGGCGCCGUGCUGGGCGCUACUAUCGGCCUGGCCCUCGGCCCAGGCGGUGCUCUUGUCGGGGCCGGCAUUGGAGCCGCUGCGGGUGCCAUCGGGGCGGCGCUGAAGAUUAGCUGGGGCUCGCGAGCGACUAUCACAGUGGACCACCAAGGGCAAGGAGGAAACUUCAAGCGCAGUCUCGCAGACGACCGCUGCGUGUACGAUCGCCAGGCCGGGCCGUUGGAAACCGUCUUUGUCCGGAGCAGAGCCAUGAUUGCCGCCAGCCUUUGCCAGGACAUGUCCCUGGCCGGAUGGACAUCUACUCUUUGUCUCCUGGCUGCUGCCAUUGCUGCCUGUCUCUGGUUCUGUCCCACGGCGGCGCAUUCCGAACACGCACUGUCAUCUCCCGCUUCAAAGGGCUCGACACAAGCCACGCGAGGGGUCCGUCUCUCUCAGGUCAGCCCCGACAAGACCGACACGGCCACAGACAUCGAUAUCAUCGCCGUCCAUGGCCUCGACACGAAGUCACCAGAUACAUGGACGUGGCGACGCCCGAAGCCGCUCUGGACGCGCCUAAGGCGGGCCAAACACCCGGAGAACGGCGUCAACUGGCUGCAGGAUCGACGCAUGCUCCCGGCCGCGGUAGAACGCGCCAGGAUCUUCACGUGCGACUGGCCCGCCGAACUCCUUCAGCCGCCGGGCUUGGCCCAGAAGAGAAUCGAUGAAUAUGCUCUGCUGCUGCUCGACGGCAUUCAGAGGCGGCCGCGGGCAACGAACGGCGCGAGAGGGGAAGACCGGCCGCUUUUCUUCGUCGCGUCGUGUCUCGGGGGCAUCAUCCUAGCAAAGGCCCUCGUGGAUGCCGAUAACGAGAACAGCAGUUACUGCCGUCUCAGAAGAGCCACGCGUGGCAUUGUCUUCCUUGCCACGCCGUUCCGCGGGACCUCGUUCCAAGACGUGGCAGCCUGGGCGGAGCCGGGCCUGAAGGCCUGGGCUGGGGUCCGAGGCCGAGAAUCGAGCAGACUGCUCGACAGCGCGAAGGGAUCAACCCUCGAUCUUGAGGCCCUGGUGCGACGGUUCACGCAGUUGUGUCAAGACGACGACUAUCCCUGUGACGUGUUCAACUUCUACGAACUCGGCAUGACGAGUCUGCCGAGUAAAGUAUUGCCUUGGCUGCCAGCCUGGCUACGCCGAGAAAAACCGUUGGUCGAUAGUUCCUCGGCGACUUUGGAUAUGGUCCAACAGCCGCUGCCCCUCGACCGACCUCACGUUCUGACAAACAAAUUCGAACACCCUAAAUAUCCCGAUUACGAGAAGGUUGCCGGGAAGAUCCAAGAAAUGCUCCAUAGGAUCCGCGAGGGGAGUCCGCUGAAGCAAGCGGACGACUGGAUACGCAAACAGCACUAUAAUGAUGACAGGCUCAAGAUUGAACGACUCUCAGGCGAACUGCUGUCGAUGGAACAGUGUUACAUCAACCUUGCCAUCGUUGAGCAGCACAGGAAAACUGUGCACCACUGGGAGAAAAACUCAGAGGAAGAGGAUGUAGCGUCCAAGUCCUCCCCAUUCUCUCUCUACGCGAGGCCAAAGGCGGAGACACCGGACAAGACGAUCCAGGUCGACUUACCGGCAGUCUUUAAUCCUCGCAAACGGGAGGACGGCGAGGUGAAUCCCAGACGAAUUCUCAUUCGAGGACGCGCCGGCGUGGGCAAGACGACCUUGUGCAAGAGGAUUGUCUAUGACUUUACUCGGCAUGGCACAUGGGCACACUUGUUCGAUCGAGUGCUAUGGAUGACUUUGCGGAAGCUCAAGGCACGGUCAGCAACAGGCUACAAUCUUGAGAAUUUAUUCACUCACGAGUAUUUCUGGAAUAGGCCAGGCGACGGCAGGCAUCUCGCCAAUGCCCUGGUGCGUGCUAUUCAGGAUGGUAGAACUCUGUUCAUCCUCGACGGCCUGGAUGAGGUGUCCGAUCUCCUAGACCCGGAUCAUGAGAUGUUCGACUUCCUCAAAUGGCUCCUGGAUCAGCGCAACGUCAUUAUCACAUCCCGGCCGUACACCAAACUCCCAACCACUAUCACCCUCGACCUCGAACUAGAGACAAUCGGGUUUUACCCAGAUCAAGUAACUACGUAUCUACAAAACACUUUUCCAGAUCCACAAAAGACCAGUAAGAUUCGGUCCUUCCUUCAAGAUCAUCAGCUUAUGCAAGGUCUCGUUCGCAUCCCGGUCCAGCUGGACGCGCUCUGCUUUACCUGGAACGAAGGCUUUGAUUCCGCGGUGCCCCUUAAUACGAUGACCGCCGUUUACCAAGCAAUCGAGCAAAGGUUAUGGAAGAAGGAUGUUCCGCGGCUAAAUAAGAAAUACGACGGAGAGCUGGUCAUAAAACUACAUAUCGAAUCGGCUAGCGGGUUCAGAAUCGAGGCACUCGCCGAACACGAGAUUUCUUUUCUAGAGGGCCUUUCUUUCACUGGAAUGCACAACGACGUGAUCGAGUUCGACCAGCAGCUUCUUAACGAAGCCUUCGACCGCUUUGCGCCAGACCUCUUACCCGACGCGACCUUGCCACGCCUUUCCUUCCUGCGGACUUCGAAUCUAUCGUCGGAGAUCGGCAACCGAAGCUGUCACUUUCUGCACCUAACCUACCAAGAGUAUUUUGCGGCGCGGUAUUUUGUACGGCAGUGGAGGGCAAGCCCACCCAAAAACUUAGUGCUUGCCAGUCGGGACACACAAGACGUAGGUGCUACGCCUAUUGAAUAUCUUGGGAAGCAUAAGUAUACUGCGCGGUAUGACAUCCUAUGGCGCUUCGUUGCCGGCUUGCUUGACACAGAGGGGAAGGCGGAGGAGUUCUUCGACGAGAUCAGGAAGGAGCCGAUCGACCUCUUGGGCCUGACGCAUCAAAGGCUCGUCAUAUAUUGCCUGAGCGAGGUGCAGGCUCGGCCGCAGUCGAGUUUUGCGGCACUUCGAACAAGACUCGAGGAUCACCUGGUGGAAUGGCUGUUGUUCGAAUGCAAAUACCGGAGUAGUUCGUCCUUAGCACGCGAAAUGGAGCUUCCGUCGCUAGUCUUAUGGAGGGCACUGCAAGGGGCGACCGAUGAGGGUCGAGUCAAGCUCGUCGACGCCUUGCGAUUACGACACAGCAUCCCGACGUGCGUAGCCGAUCUACUAGAAUCCUGGCUAGAACCUCAUGCACUGAAAGAGCUGGUAAUCAGGAUCUUGGCUAUCCUAGGUCCGUAUUUAAUCCUAUUCGACGAGAUUCUCACGCGGGUGGGGGCGCUGCUCGACAAUAGCGAUCGGUUCGUCCGACAGGCGGCUGUCCAGGCGCUCGCGGCACGGGAACAGCUAUCCGACGAGAUCCUCACGCGGGUCGUGGCGCGGCUCGACGAUAGCCACGAGAACGUCCGAUUAGCGGCCGUCCGAGCGCUCGCGGCACGGGAGCAGCUAUCCGACGAGAUCCUCACGCAGGUGGCGGCGUUACUCGACGAUAGCCACGAGGACGUCCGAGAGGCGGCCGUCCAGGCGCUCGCGGUACGGGAACGACUAUCCGACGAGAUCCUCACGCGGGUAGCGGAGUUGCUCGACGAUAGCGAUCUAUUCGUCCAAGAGGCGGCCGUCCAGGCGCUCGCGGCACGGGAACAGCUAUCCGACGAGAUCCUCACGCGGGUGGCGGCGUUACUCGACGAUGGCGACCAGGACGUCCUACAGGUGGCCGUCGAGGCGCUCGCGGCACGGGAACAGCUAUCCGACGAGAUCCUCACGCAGGUAGUGGCGUGGCUUAAUGCUAGCCACGAGGACAUCCGACAGGCGGCUGUCCAGGCGCUCGCGGCACGGGAACAACUAUCCGACGAGAUCCUCACGCAGGUAGCGGCGUUACUCGACGAUAGCCACGAGGACGUCCGAGAGGCGGCCGUCCAGGCGCUCGCGGCACGGGAACAGCUAUCCGACGAGAUCCUCACGCGGGUAGCGGCGUUACUAGACGAUAGCGAUCUAUUCGUCCGAGAGGCGGCCGUCCAGGCGCUCGCGGCACGGGAACAGCUAUCCGAUGAGAUCCUCACGCAGGUAGUGGCGUGGCUUAAUGCUAGCCACGAGGACAUCCGAGAGGCGGCCGUCCGAGCGCUCGCGGCACGGGAACAGCUAUCCGACGAGAUCCUCACGCAGGUGGCGGCGUUGCUCGACGAUAGCCACGAGAACGUCCGAUUAGCGGCCGUCCGAGCGCUCGCGGCACGGGAACAGCUAUCCGACGAGAUCCUCACGCGGGUGGCGGCGCGGCUCGACAAUAGCGACAAGGACGUCCGACAGGGGGCCGUCUAUGUGACGUCCGUUGGCCCGCGACGACCGAAGAAUCUUAUUUACAAGUCGACCAAUUAG